GUCAUUUUAUUAUUUAAGGAACUGCAACGUCAAAACCCAGACCCAGGUCGAAUGGCGUGAUAGAAGGCGCCAAAAUUAGUUUAUAAGCGAGAGCGGGAGGGAAGAGCACUUAGCGUGACAGGGAGAGAGAGAUCCAGAAAAUGGUGAUGCUUUGCUUCGUAUUGGAUCUGCGGAUCUUAUCAGCUCCAUUGCUUCGCGAUUUGAAGCAGUCGAUGUUGCAGCUCGCAAAUUUUUACGCGAUAUCGUCUCCAAGUAGUAGUAUUGACAGUUCGAGAUCAAAACCUCUGCUCGAUCGCAUCGGACUGUGCUAUGUAUUCAAAAAUCGAAUCUCACGCACCGAUGAACUUAAGAUAGCUUAUAGUCCACGAGGCAACUUCAAUCUCCGCGAUUUCCACCAUGCUGUGAACAAUUUGCCUUCCGAUGCCUUUUUACCUGAUUUCAACAGUUCUGGAGCUCUAUGUUGCAGCGAUUUGAAACUUUGCAGUAUCCUAAAUGACAAAGUUUUGUACUCAUGGGGAGGUCAUAAUAAAGAUAUUACGAGAAAGGUGAUUUUGAUUAGUUCCUGCAUAUAUGAAAGCCUGGACUCUGCUACCAAAAAGGCUCUCAUGGAUGCAGCAGAUAACUGUGUUUCCAUAGAGUUUAUUUUCUUGGAGCAAAAUUCAAGUCAUCUUGCUGAUACUCCUGGAAGUAUUAACAAAUUCUUGAAGCAGAUUGGUGAUCUCGAGAACUGCUCAUUUCAAAACUAUAUUCCAGAUGCACAUGCUUUGUCUGGCUUGGUAAAGAAAUGGUUUCAGGAACUGAAGGAGGACUUGGAAGAACAAUUACAGGCUCGUUUUGUCUUCAAGAGCAAUCUUUUAGGUUCAACAAACCAGAUAUCCUGCAACUUGUGCACAUCUUUCAACCAGAUAAUCGAUGAAUUCGUUCCUUGUAAGUCAUGCAGGUGUCAUGGCAUUCCAUUUGACAACUCAAAAAUGAUCCGGACGGAUAAGUCUUCUUGUCCAGUAACUGGAGUUGAGCUUGGAGCACUUGAUUUGGUUGAGAGCUCUGUGAAGAUAGGAGAACAUACAAUCCUCUAUAUGCCCUCUUUCCAGUGUUGCCGGGACCUUCAGAAAGUUCCUUUACCAAUUAACUUCGAUGUUAUUGAAAGAACUAACUUGAGAUCACUUGAUGAAGGGAUUAUUUUAGGUACUUCCUACAUUGUUACCCCAGCUUUGCCUGAGUUUGAUGAUACUGAUAAAUCAGAGCUAAAUGCUAAACUUUUUCAAGUGCUGUGUGGUGUACUGCAUUCCCUUGACCAGGGUUUGAUUUGUUCAUCAAAAUGUAAUGUAGAAACUGCGAAGCAAACGUCCUUCCUGUGCUAUUAUAUUCUUUUACCUUCAGAGAAAGGAGUAAUGAUUCUCAGACGGCUUGCUGGAUCAGAGGAAGCCUUGCCUGUCCCUGACAUCAGUAAUAUCGCUUGCACCCCAGUCACCGAGGAUAUUAAAAAUUCUUUGCAGGCCUCUUUGCUUAAGAUCGAAUUAAGAAAUUAUGAUCCAGUUCAGCACGAUAGAGGCUUCCAUCAAAGACUAAACUUGCUUGUCAAAGAAAGCCUACAAUUUGGGGCAAUACCUGCUAAGGCUAAAGAACCGGUGACAGCAACAAACAUAGCCCUGCAAGACCCUAUGAUAGAGGACUUAGCAGAUCAAGCCAACAAUUUGUUGGUUAUAGGAGACAACGUGCUGAAUACCAAAACGACUGAUGGUAAAAUCGGUACCAGAAUUACUGAAGAAUGGGAACAGCUAGUUGUAUUAGAGAUUCCAAAGAUGUCUUCUCCCACUUGUAUCUCCAAGCCAAAGUUGGAUAAAGAGGUUUCAUCUCCCCCUAAAACUACUGGAAAACUUGAUGACAAAACUUCACGAAUCCUUGAAAGGCUGGAGGUACCGAAGCAGCUGCAAAGAAAAGCAGCUUCCCCUACAGUGUCAAGCUCUCCAGUUAAGAAGCCUCUGAUCCCCUUUGGACGUGGCAUUACUGAUGCUAAGGCCAUUGUUUCGAGCCAGCCUAUAAAGCCCAACUUUCAGAGGCUCAAGAGGAAAAGAUAACUAGGGAAGUCCUUUUCGAGCAGAAAUCUCAGUAUGCUGAGGUCCAUGAGGUCCGUCUUCUCGUUCUCUGUUGUUUUGGUAUCUCGAAGUCGUCUUUCAUAAGCAACUAAUCAUUUGCAUAAGAUGUUCUUAUAUCGCACAUCAAUCUCAACGUUCUUGAGCUAUUAAUGAUUCUGGAUGGUCACGAUUACCAACCAUACCUUGUGAUAUGCCUUAUAAGAUGAAAUGAAGUGCUUUUAACU